AUGGAUAAUCAAUCUGAAUUUUUUUUUUUAAUUAAAAUUAUAGAUUUAAAAAAAAAAAGAUUUCAAGGUUAUGAUGAACGUAAAAAUUCAAAUCCAGAUGCUAUGGAGUCAAGAAGAAAAAUAACAAAGAGUUCAUUUUUAAACAAAACAAACAAAAAUUCAUUAAAUGACAAAAUUAAAAAUUUCACUGAAAAUUAUUCAGAGGAUGAUAUUUCUAUUUUAAGUACAUUUGACCCAAUUGAAUAA